AUGAUGGUGGAGAUCUAUUCUGUUUGUGGAGAGUGGAAAUUUAACGAUAACCUCCCAUGUGCAUUUUUAGUAGAUCCGGACAAAGGAGCAUCGUUUUACCAAGUAGAUGAGAAUGUCACAUACCUAGAGUUAGUUGCGAUGGUUAUCGAAGACUUUGGAAUUGAUGCUUCUGUUAAAAACGAGGAUAUUAAACUCAGCUUUGAGCUUCCAUUGAAGAUGAAAUCGGUGGCAGGGGAUGAUUUUCCUCCGAUAUUUAUGCGAAAUGAUCGCCAAGUAAGAUAUUUCAUCAACAAGAUCAAAGAAGAUGACGGUCUGAUUCGUUUAUGUGUAACGGUGAGUAAGAGUUGCAACAGGGCCAUUCCUGUUGAGAAUGUUGGUAGCAGCAUUCAGUCAAAGACCACAGACGGUGAAGAGAAUCGUAAUGUGUUGCAAAUACUAAAGGGUGAUGAAUCUAAUGCGCAACAGGGACUUGAUCGAUCAGUUGAAAGUGACAUGUCAGAUUCCGCAGCACAGAACAAAGAAAUUCAGCCAUUACUUUUGAAUGCUGCUCCAGAUCUUACCCCGGUUUUGAACGGAGUGACUGAUGAUGAUAUACAUGUGAACAAGUAUUUCAAGAACAAGCAAGAGUUGAUGCUCAAGAUGAGAGCACGGGCACUAAAUGGGAAGUUUGUGUUCAGGACUCGUUGGUCAGACAAAUCAAGAGUGAUGUUAGGGUGUGUGGAUGAGAAAUGCAGUUGGAAGAUGCGUGCGACCAGGAUUGAUUCUUCUGGCGGCUUUUUGGUGAAGAGAUAUGUUCGUGAACAUACUUGUGAUACCACACAGGGGAAUGCCAACCAUAGGCAAGCAACUGCGAAACUGAUUGGAACCUUAUUCAGCAGAAACUACGGAGAGAAGAAAGAUGGACUCAAACCAAGACAGAUUAUGGAGCAAGUCAGGAAAGAGCAUGGUAUAGAAAUCAAAUACAAAAUGGCUUGGAGAAUAAAAGAGCAAGCUCAAAAUUUGAUGAGAGGGACUCCGGAGCUUGGGACUGAGACUUUAUCUGCACCUCCAGUUACUAGGCAGAGCAGUGAGAGACCACCUGAAAAGAGAAGGCGGUCGGUUGGAGAGUCUGGUAAAGUAGGGUCAAAGCCUCAGAAACAUAGGUGCAGUAAAUGUGGUGGAGAAGGACACAACAGAAGUACAUGCAUAGUCUCAGUAUCAUAA